CAGCCAGCGAUAUCUGCAGAUCCCCCAACCCACCACCCACCACACCUUGGCCUUCCCUCCCUCCCCACCGACUCCUCCUCCUCCAUUAAUGGCCGCCACCAAGAACAACCCUCCAACCCCUACUUGACCUCCCCACUCCUCAUCGGCUUCCCCCACCUCUGUCUGCGCGCUCUCCUGCUCAGCAAGGGAGGGACCGAGGGAGGGUGUGGCGGCGCCAGAGGCAUCGCCAUAGAUGCUGAGCUCAGCGUCCUCGGCGAUGGGGAUGGGAGGAGGGUACCCGCACCACCACCAGCAGCGGGGGGCGGCGGCGUUCACGGCCGCUCAGUGGGCGGAGCUCGAGCAGCAGGCGCUCAUAUACAAGUACCUCAUGGCUGGCGUGCCCGUCCCGCCCGAUCUCCUCCUCCCCGCCCGCCCCAACCCCGCCGCCUUCUCCUUUGCCAGCCCCGCCGCCGCCGCAUCGCCCUUCUACCAUCACCACCCGUCCCUGAGUUACUACGCGUACUAUGGGAAGAAGCUUGACCCGGAGCCGUGGCGGUGCCGCCGGACCGACGGCAAGAAGUGGCGGUGCUCCAAGGAGGCGCACCCCGACUCCAAAUACUGCGAGCGCCACAUGCACCGUGGCCGCAACCGUUCAAGAAAGCCUGUGGAAUCCAAGACCGCGUCACCUGCGCAUCAGUCGCAGGCCCAGUUGUCCACCGUGACAACUACAACCCUCGAGACCGCGCCUCUUCAGUCCCUCACAGUGGGGGCAAAAACACAUGGCCUGUCUCUCGGCGGGGCUGGCGCGUCGCAGCUUCAUGUCGAUGCUUCAUCAUAUGGCAGCGAGUACUCUCUUGGAGCUAAAGCUGAUGUUAGUGAGCUGAGUUUCUUCGCUGGAGCAUCAGGAAACAGCAGGGGCUUCACCAAUGAUUCUCCAACAGAUAGCUCAUGGCACUCUCUGCCAUCGAAUGUGCCCCCAUAUACAUUGUCGAAGACUAGAGAUUCUGGCCUCCUGCCCGGCGCCUACUCGUAUUCCCACCUCGAACCGUCGCAGGAACUUGGCCAGGUCACCAUCGCUUCGCUGUCCCGAGAGCAGGAGCGCCACUCUUUCAGUGGUGGGGCAGGAGGGUUGCUGGGAAAUGCGAAGCAGGAGAACCAGCCUCUGAGGCCUUUCUUUGAUGAGUGGCCUGCGACGCGGGAUUCGUGGUCGGAGAUGGACGAUGCAAGGUCCAAUAGGACCUCCUUCUCGACAACUCAGCUCUCGAUCUCCAUCCCGAUGCCCAGAUGUGACUGAGAAGCUUGCUGCCUCUAUGUGGCCGUGUAGGAUGUGCACCGGCAUUGUGCCACUGUUACCAAGUGAUUCAGAGAUUGAUAAGCCCUAGUUCUAUCUUUCAGUGUAUCGCACUAAGAACUCUUGUAAGAGCAGGAUCCGUCUGUAUCAGUGGAGGCAUGGAACUCCAUCCCUUUUAUGAUUCUACCCUGCUUUGUAUUGUACCCAGACCCAGACCCGUGGGAAAUUUGACUGUCAGUCUUUGUUGCCUGUAGUGGAUGAUGGAUUUAUCUUGCAAGUAUUCCUUGCUGCAAUCUGAUGGCGAAUCUGAUAUCUGGCAUCUGGUGCCAUUCAGGUCCU